UCCGGUCUCUCUCACACACCCGACAUUACAACAACAAGGCAGGCGAGCCGAGCUAGGGCGAAGCGACGACGGUGCCUUCAAAGUAAACAGAUAUCCAAGAACUAUCACCACAGAGUAAUUCCCAUCAAUACAGUCGUAAAAACCACCAACUUCCCCAUCGCAUGAGGCAGACGCUGUAGAGGGGGAACCACAGCAGAGACAGCUUCAGGUGUGUUUUAACUGAGCCCCGGAAUGGAGAGGCUUUGAGGCAGCUUGCUCCUCAGGUGAGUCCUGAGUGGUGACGCAAUCCGCUCAGGUCCUUCAGAGCCCGCCCUGCUAGUAAUAUGAGCCAUGGACUCCUGGGCAGUUGAUAGUCCUGUAACCCUGAUCAUCAAGGCCCCCAACCAGAAGUAUGAAGACCACACCAUCAGCUGCUUCCUCAACUGGACCGUGGAGCGGCUGAAGAGUCACAUCUCCAACGUGUACCCCAGCAAGCCGCUGUCCAAAGACCAGCGGCUGGUCUACUCGGGGAAACUCCUCCAAGACCACCUGCAGCUGGGAGACGUGCUCCGAAAGCAGGAUGAAUACCACAUGAUGCACCUGGUGUGUGCCUCUCACAGCCCCCCGGCCUCGCCCCGGAGCCCCGCCGCGGCCAGCGCUUCUGCUGCCGACUCCAGCACUUCAGACAUGGCCAGUCAGCCUGUCGCCUCCUCCUCCUCCGCCUCCUCCUCCUCUGUCCCAGAAAGUUAUGACGGGCUGAGGUACCGCGGCGGCGUCCCCCAGAGUCCCGCUGCUGUCCCUCAGUGGCCCGAUGGAGCCCAGGUCCCUCUGCAAGGCGACCUCCCCGCCAACAUGCCCCCCCACCCCAUGUACAUGCCCAUGCAGAUGCUGUGGUGGCAGCAGAUGUACGCGCGCCACUACUACAUGCAAUAUCAAGCGGCGGUCGCGGCCUCUCAGCCUCCCGGCGCCCCCCCGCCCCCCUCCCCCUCCCCGUCGCCCCUCCAGCCCGCCCAGCCCAACGAGGCGGUGCAGCCCCCCCCGCUGGGGCCCAACCAGGCGGCCCCCAACCCGCUGCCCGAGAACCAGCCGGCCAACCCCAACAUCCAGAUGAACGCGCAGGGCGGGGCGGUGGUCAACGACGACGAGCUGAACCGCGAUUGGCUGGACUGGCUGUACACGGUGUCCCGCGCCGGCGUCCUGCUCAGCAUCGUGUACUUCUACUCCUCCUUCAGCCGCUUCGUCAUGGUCAUCGGCGCCAUGCUGCUCGUCUACCUGCAUCAGGCCGGUUGGUUUCCCUUCCGGCCGGAGCAGCAGAACCUCGGAGAAGGAGAACAGGUCCGGCCCCCACCGGCGGAGGCGGAGAGACACCAGAACAUCCAGGAAAUGGAGCGCCUGAUGGAUGACGGGCUGGAGGACGAGGACGACAGGGGGGAGGAGGGAGCUGUCGCCCCCGAGGACCAGGACCAGCUCGCCGCCGCCGCCGCCGUCCCCCCCGAGCCUCACUUCCUCACCACCGCGUGGUCCUUCAUCAGCACCUUAAUCACCUCGCUCGUCCCAGAAGGACGACGCCAACCCGCCAACUAGCCAGAACCCCCGCCCCCCCCCCCCCCUCGCCCGACUUCUCUAACACCCCGCUCCCUCCUGCCAGCAGGUACCGCUCAACAGAAGUAUCACGAUUCCUUUUGCGGCCCCUAAAUCCCCCCCACACCAUCUUCAGUCGCCUCCGAUACGUUCGAAUCCCUUUUCAAGCGCCCGGGUACCUCAGCCGGGCGGCCGCGAGCCUCGUGCGUCGACAACGGGCUCCUCCUGAAGUGUAAGAGCAGAUGCAUUGUGAGUUCUGCAGGAGGUUGGGAAUAAAGGAACGUAAAGAAAGUGAAUCUCACGUUGUGUUAAUGGAUUAAGAGCUUCAGCUGUAGUUUUUUUUCUUUUUUUUCUUUGAUUGUUAAUUCAUUGAGACAUGUUGGUGGGUGGUGGUGGUGGUGGUGGUGGAGGAGGGAGCUGUCUUGCAUUUUAAUACCGUGAUGCGGUCGUGCUUUUGAAACUUUUAAGUGAGGUAUGUGACCCAGAAAAAAACUAAACGGGAAGAACAGGAAGCCGUAGUUUCCUUAAAAAGUGAAAGAAACCCACAACCCAGAAGACACUUCCAUGUGUGCACACGAUGUGCAUCGAGACAUUGCCGCUACUGAAGCACAUUCUUUUCUCACUUUGUGUAUUUGAACAUUUACACAUGUAAGUAUAUGCAUCUUUAAUUCCUAAAUAUAUGCUUUUUUUUUUUUUUUUAAAUAAAAGUUUUGCUGCGGUUUGA